CUCACCGCGCUCCGCUGCACUUUCCCGGCAGAAGAAAGGGCUUGCUCGGCGCCCUCACACACUGGCCCAGGACUUUCUCGGGGCAGCACGGAUAAUCGGAGGGGUUCCCAGGGCUGGAAAGGCGAAGAUUCGCCACCCUCCCGCCCGCACGCUUGCUGGACCCCUUCUCCUGUCCCUCCCCCAAACUGGACCGACAGCAAAAUAAAAAGGGAAAAAGAAAAAAAGCAAAGCUGCAGGCUGAAGUUGACCUGGAACCUUCCGAAUUCGGUCUCCUCAACGCUCUCGGGGCGCCCCCUCGGCUCCCCACUCCCCGGCCUUUCCCUUCAUCCCGCCCGGCAUGGACACAAGCCCACGAGGUGUCUCGGCCUCAGCCGCCACUUUGCCGUCGCUGCUGCCACCGCGGGCGUUGCCAAAAGCCGAGAGCCCGGGUGGCUUUUAGCAAAGUGAGGGGUGAAGUGUGCGGGAGGUGGCGAGGAGUGGCAGGGAGCAGAACGGGUGCCCGGACCCCCCAGACAGGCCCCUUCUGGUGGCGCUCACGGAUCCAGCACCUUCAGACCUUCCUCUAGGGUCGGGGUCCCCCAGCGCGCCGGGAAGGAGUCACGCUGAGCACUGAUUGUCGUUCUUCGCCCUCCCCACCCCUCACACCCUUCCCCACCCCGACCACACCCCACCCCCUCCACUACCCUUCUCCCCUCCCUCCCAUCCCCCACCCGUCUGCCAGGUCGGAGGAGGGUUUAAAGCCAGGUGCGCCGAGUCAGCUCGCCAUGUCCAGAUCCGGGGACAGGACCUCCACCUUCGACCCCAGCCACAGCGACAACCUGCUGCACGGCCUCAACCUGCUGUGGAGGAAGCAGCUGUUUUGCGACGUGACCCUGACGGCCCAGGGCCAACAGUUCCACUGCCACAAGGCCGUGCUGGCCUCCUGCUCGCAGUACUUCCGAUCGCUCUUCUCCAGCCACCCUCCUCUCGGGGGAGGGGGCGGCGGCCAGGACGGCCUGGGGGCUCCCAAGGACCAGCAGCAGCAGCCGCCGCCGCAGCAGCAGGCGCCGCAGCAGCCGCCGCCGCAGGAGGAGCCCGGGACGCCUUCCUCCUCCCCCGACGACAAGCUGCUGACCAGUCCCCGGGCCAUCAACAACCUAGUGCUGCAGGGCUGCUCGUCCAUUGGGUUGCGCCUGGUGCUCGAAUACCUCUACACGGCCAACGUGACCCUGUCCCUGGACACCGUGGAGGAGGUGCUGUCGGUCAGCAAGAUCUUGCACAUCCCCCAGGUCACCAAGCUCUGCGUGCAGUUCCUCAACGACCAGAUCUCGGUGCAGAACUACAAGCAGGUGUGCAAGAUCGCCGCGCUGCACGGCCUGGAGGAAACCAAGAAGCUGGCCAACAAGUACCUAGUGGAGGAUGUGCUGCUGCUUAACUUCGAGGAGAUGCGCGCCCUGCUGGACUCGCUGCCGCCCCCCGUGGAGUCGGAGCUGGCGCUCUUCCAGAUGUCCGUGCUGUGGCUGGAGCACGACCGCGAGACCCGCAUGCAGUACGCGCCCGACCUCAUGAAGCGCCUCCGCUUCGCGCUCAUCCCGGCCCCGGAGCUGGUGGAGCGGGUCCAGUCGGUGGAUUUCAUGCGCACCGACCCGGUCUGCCAGAAGCUGCUGCUGGACGCCAUGAACUACCACCUGAUGCCCUUCAGGCAGCACUGCAGGCAGAGCCUGGCCAGCAGAAUUCGCUCUAACAAGAAAAUGCUGUUAUUGGUUGGAGGAUUGCCUCCUGGGCCGGACCGGCUCCCCAGCAAUUUGGUGCAGUACUACGAUGAUGAAAAGAAGACAUGGAAAAUACUUACGAUUAUGCCAUACAACAGCGCCCACCACUGCGUCGUGGAGGUAGAAAACUUCUUGUUCGUGUUGGGUGGAGAAGACCAAUGGAACCCCAAUGGAAAACACAGUACAAAUUUUGUCAGCCGAUAUGACCCACGAUUUAAUAGCUGGAUACAACUCCCACCAAUGCAAGAAAGAAGGGCCAGUUUCUAUGCCUGUCGGUUGGACAAGCAUUUAUACGUCAUUGGUGGAAGGAAUGAAACCGGCUACUUGUCUAGCGUGGAGUGCUACAACCUAGAAACAAACGAAUGGCGUUACGUGUCCUCUUUGCCUCAGCCGCUGGCCGCUCAUGCAGGAGCAGUGCACAACGGGAAGAUUUACAUUUCAGGGGGUGUACAUAACGGAGAAUAUGUCCCUUGGCUAUAUUGCUAUGACCCUGUAAUGGAUGUCUGGGCUCGAAAACAAGAUAUGAACACAAAACGCGCCAUCCACACUUUGGCUGUAAUGAAUGAUCGCUUGUAUGCAAUUGGAGGAAAUCAUUUGAAAGGUUUCUCCCACCUUGACGUAAUGCUUGUAGAGUGCUAUGACCCAAAAGGUGACCAGUGGAACAUUCUUCAGACUCCCAUUUUGGAGGGUCGAAGUGGGCCUGGCUGUGCAGUGCUUGACGACAGCAUUUACCUAGUGGGAGGCUACAGUUGGAGUAUGGGGGCCUACAAGUCAUCUACAAUAUGCUAUUGUCCUGAAAAAGGCACCUGGACAGAACUCGAAGGAGAUGUGGCAGAACCACUGGCAGGCCCAGCCUGUGCAACAGUCAUCCUGCCUGCCUGUGUACCUUAUAACAAAUAACACCAGGAAGCCCAGAAAUGAACAAUAUCAUAUUCUAGGAGUGCCAAGUGACAUCACUGUUAUGGUCACAUCAAUGCAUUCUAAUGGUACAACUGUGGAAACCCACCUUCAGUUUCUGAUGAUUUACAAAUAACUGCAAAAGAAAAAGACCUGUUCUUGAACAGCUAAUGCAUCUGAAACUCGGAUCACACCAAACAUUCUGUGAUGACUGUCUCUUCCAUUUCAGACUGGUUUUAACUUGUCCCAGCUUUACAAAAACUCAUGUGAAUCUUAACUUCAGAAAGGAGAAAGAUAAAAUACAGAAGAAUGCCCCCAGAGAGACCUAAGAUCAGUAUUGUGCAUUGUAAUCUACUUGCAUGUGCUCUAUGUUAAAGUUUUGGGGAUAUUGUGUUCAUAAAUUAUUUGAAAUUGGACCCACCAAACUACCUACAACCGCAUUACAGAAAUUACCACUUGAUUCUAUAUUCCUAAUCUAUGGCUACUUCACAGACACCAUAGGCAACACAAUUAUAGAAAAUCAUUUCAGAUUAAUGAGGAGAGUUUUUCUUUCUAUAAUUUCUGCCCUUAACAGAGCAUAAUGGAACAAGAGAAGAGAAAGAUAUUAUAUUUUGUAGCAAUUGCUUUCUACCCUAUAGAUCCUAGGCUAACCAGAGUCAAAAUAUCUGUUUGUCAAAUUUAUCUUUAAAAAUGAAGAAAAUAUGUAUAAUGUGUCACUAAUCAGUUAUCAAAGGCUUGUGAUUUCUCUUUUUUUCUUGCAAUACAUGUUAUGAACACACUUGUCAUUUAUUUCAGAUAGUAGGACUGAGAAAUCAGCCUAUAGUAAAAUACAACAGACCCAAACAACCCAUAAUGAAAACUGGGAGAUUUUUUUUAAGCAUCCAAAGACAGAAAAAAAAAAGGGAGAAUUUCUUUUAUGUACAAUGCUAGAUGUCUCUCUGUCCCUAAAACAUGCAACUUAGAACGUUCCUAAAAUAUGUUCCCCCUUUCCUCACCUUUCACUUUACAAAUGACCCUAGAUUUGUUUCUAGAGCAGGACAUGAUUUACCCUCAUCGUUCCCCUCAUCAUAUUUGUUUGUAAUCACCAGAGAUGCCUGAGCUCAGUUACGUGAGCAAUUGCUGGUUGUCUUCAGGAGCCUGAGGAGUGUAAGAGCAGAGGUCAGGAAAGCAUGAGAUAGUGUCAGUAUGGCCAAUCAAUGACUGAAACUGGCAGGAACAUAAAGUCAGUUCUUUUAGCUCUAUAGAGAUGGAAUAACAGCGGUGAGAGAUGAACCCCCAAACAUUUUUAGUCACCCCCGAGAUAUUGUUGUCUCCCUCCACAAAUGUGUCAUUCUCAACAACAAUAUGGGGAAACUACAAAUUUUUUAAAUGCCUUGGUGAUACGCUUUCACUGUGGAGCAUGUCAUGAUGGAUGGGUGUACUGGAUUCCAAUGCCGUUUCUACAGUAAAGUGCAAUCUUUGUUGUUUUGUAUUUAUUUGUAUGUUCAGAUCCAAAGGAUCCGUUGUAAAAAUAUAUAUAUAAAUAUAUAUAUAUCCAGUGCAAUCAACUUUCAUUUCUUUUUCCUUGAAAUCAUAAGAAUAUAUAGAAAGAGAAGUUACAGUACUUUAUGGGAAAAUCCCUGCUGAUGUCAUGGAGAGAACAAGGUCUGCUUCAGAAUCUUUAUCAUCAAUUCUCACUAUUUCCUCUGAAAGUCAGUUUAUACAAGGAAUUUUGCUUUCCUUAUACCUGUUUUUCAUUUAUUUUUUAUUUCUAGCCAAAAUAAAAGCAUUUAUGAGAACUAUAAGUAAAGCUUUCUGUGUUUCAGAAAGACACAAACUAUUAGAAAGUGAAAAGUGAAUAAAUAAGUCACAGAGAAUGUAAAUUUUGUACAGUAUUAGAAUGUAUAAAUGAAGCUUGCUCGAAGGAAAAAACUUUAA